CCAGCGGACCCCGCACUCGAAACCCCGCAUGUGAUUCAUUUACCCGCUUCCUGAGGUGCUUGGGUGACUGGAGCGAUCUCGCCCCACUCUCCUCGCGCCACGUGUUGGGUGUGCGGGUGCACCCUUCCUCUCGCUACUACAAAUUUGAGGCUGAGAAGUUGAUCAUUCAUCAUCAGUCUUCCACCGCCCGCACAAAGCUCAGUUUCUCUUCUGGGUUUUGCUGUGUGAACUGAUUGAGGUGUCAUCAAUGGCAACUGUAACAGCUUCAUACUUUGUGUCCCAUAUACAUGGAGGAGCAGCUUCAGUUGAUUCCAAGUCAAAUUUGGCCCAGAUUGGCCUGAGGACCCAAACUGUAACUCACAAUGGGUUGAGAUCUGUGAACAAGGUUGAUAUGCUUCAAUUGAAAAGCAAUGUGAAAGCGGCUGCAAAGAAAUCUAGGAGCAUGGUAAAGAAAACUGAGAAAGAAGGGGCACCGGCGAAAAUUGUCUGUGGAAGUGGAAUGAACUUGGUUUUCAUCUCAGCUGAGGUUGGCCCAUGGAGUAAAACUGGUGGGCUCGGAGAUGUUCUUGGAGGAUUGCCUCCAGCUAUGGCUGCAAAUGGGCACAGAGCAAUGACCGUGUCUCCACGUUACGAUCAGUAUAGAGAUGCUUGGGACACUAGUGUGGUCGUCGAGAUACAAGUCGGUGAUAGAGUUGAGAAGGUCAGAUUCUUCCACUGCUACAAGCGUGGAGUCGACCGUGUUUUUGUUGAUCAUCCAGUGUUCCUGGAGAAGGUCUGGGGUAAGACUAAAUCAAAGAUCUACGGUCCUACUGCUGGAACAGAUUACCAGGACAACCAACUUCGAUUCAGCUUAUUGUGCCAGGCUGCUUUGUUGGCUCCUCUGGUCUUGAAUCUGAAUAGCAGCAAAUAUUUCUCAGGCCCAUAUGGUGAGGAUGUUAUCUUCAUUGCUAACGAUUGGCACACUGCUUUACUCCCAUGCUAUCUGAAGACUAUGUACCAAUCCAGAGGAAUCUACAUGCAUGCCAAGGUCGCCUUCUGCAUCCACAACAUUGCCUAUCAAGGAAGAUUUGCCUUCUCAGACUUCGAUCUUCUCAAUCUGCCCGAUGAAUACAAGAGCUCCUUUGAUUUCGUCGAUGGGUAUGCAAAGCCAGUUAAGGGACGGAAAAUUAACUGGAUGAAGGCAGGGAUUUUGGAAUCUGACAGAGUUGUGACAGUGAGCCCUUACUACGCCCAGGAACUUGUUUCUGGAGUCGAGAAAGGAGUUGAAUUGGAUAACAUCAUCCGAAAGACUGGCAUCACUGGCAUUGUUAAUGGAAUGGAUACUCAAGAGUGGAAUCCUGCAACUGAUAAAUACAUUGAUUGCAACUAUGAUAUCACCACUGUUAUGGAUGCUAAGCCAUUGUUGAAGGAAGCCCUUCAAGCAGCAGUAGGCUUGCCUGUGGACAGGAGCAUUCCUGUGAUUGGAUUUAUCGGCAGACUGGAAGAGCAGAAAGGCUCUGACAUUCUUGUUGCUGCCGUUUCUAAGUUUAUUGGGAGGAACGUCCAGAUAAUCAUCCUUGGAACUGGCAAGAAGAGCUUCGAGCAGCAGAUUGAACAGCUUGAGGUGUCGUACCCUGACAAAGCAAGAGGAGUUGCCAAAUUCAACGUGCCAUUGGCCCAUAUGAUAACUGCUGGUGCUGACUUUAUGUUGGUUCCCAGUAGAUUCGAACCGUGUGGUCUCAUCCAAUUACAUGCCAUGCGAUAUGGAACAAUACCCAUCUGUGCUUCAACCGGUGGCCUUGUUGACACCGUGAAAGAAGGAUAUACCGGGUUCCACAUGGGAGAUUUCAACGUCGAGUGUGCCACUGUUGACCCGGCCGACGUGCUGAAGAUAGCUGCAGCCGUUAACAGAGCUCUCGCCGUCUACGGUACCCUUGCCCUCAAGGAAAUGAUAAAAAAUUGCAUGUCACAAGAUCUCUCCUGGAAGGGACCUGCAAAGAACUGGGAACUACUGCUGCUAAGCUUGGGUGUUGCUGGGAGCGAACCGGGGAUUGAAGGCGAGGAAAUCGCUCCUCUCGCCAAGGAAAAUGUCGCCACUCCUUGAAGCCUGAAAACAUUCAACUGCCAACAUCGUCUCAACUAACAUAUGAAGUGAAACUACAUAUACUAAUUUCAAGGACGACUAGAGCUGCACUACGACCGGAUGGUUUCUGGUUUGCUGUUGCGUCACAUGGUUACAAGGAUGAAGAGAGUAGGAGGUGAUGAGAAGCGAUGAGUAGUAGGGCGCUCUGUGAUAUGAGCCAGUGGUGUGCGUGCAUACUAACAGAUAAUAAGCUUUGCUUCGAGGGAUGUGGUAUUGUGUGUUUAAGCACCUUCAAAGUAAUUGACUUAAAUUCUUGGCAGGUGUUAUUUAGAUCUUAUGCAUGAUAGGGACGUGAUCCGCCGAUGUGUUGUAAUUUGUUCUUGCAACUAGUAAAAAGCAAAAUAUGCACACGAUGUGGAAAAUUAACUGUGAAAAUUUCACCUGUAAGUUGAAUUACAUUUGAAGUAAAUGUUUUCUAGUUCGCAUGAA